AUGAUUGAUGAUAUUAUUUUUGAAAUUCUUCAAUUCGUUGAAUCAUUGUUUAUUAUUCAAGUUUGUAUGAAAAUUUCAAAACAAUGGAGACAAGUAUCAUUUCAAAUUCCUCUCUCACUAUCAUUCGAAAAAAAUCACUUCAAACAAGUUUCUACAUCAAUUGAACUAUUAGCUAAUUGUGAAUGUUUCAAGAAUUUGAUUUCUUUGGAUUUGAGAGGCUAUAAUAUUGGCAAUGAAGGUCUCAAAUAUUUUGCUACGAGUGAAUAUUUGAAACAUUUGUCUUCUUUGGAUCUGAGAGGCAACGACAUUGAUAGUGAAGGUGUCAAAUAUAUUUGUACAAGCGAAUGUUUGAAAAAUUUGACUUCUUUAGAUCUAUCUUACAAUCGAAUUGACAAUGAAGGAGUCAAAUAUAUUUCUACAAGCGAAUGGUUAAAGAAUUUGACUUGUUUAAACUUGUAUUGGAAUAGAAUUGGCAAUGAACGUGUCAAAUAUAUUGCUAAGAGUCAAUAUUUGAAGAAUAUGACUUAUUUGAAUUUGUGUAGCAAUAGAAUUGACAAUGAAGGUGUUAAAUAUAUUGCUAACAGUGAAUGGUUGAAGACUGUGAUUGAUUUGGAUCUAAAUGACGAUGAACGCGAAUGA